AGGGGGCAGCUCUUUAAAAAUACCCACUGCACGGCACUAAGGGCAGCAGCACACCUCAAAUUAAACGGCGCAAGGAGGGAGCGACUCAGUGCGCAAGGAGUCGGCAUCCUUUGUAACUCUGCCGGGCGACACGCGUUAUAAAUAAUUAAUGCCGCCUCUAUUUCGGACCUCUGAAAAAUCAUUCUGUCACUAAAUGCGACAUCCACAAACCACCAGGAAAUAGCCGGCACUGAAAGAACAGCGCAUUUUCCACUGGACCUGCGCUAAAUCGCGCAGCCUAUAUAUUUCUCGGGAACUCCGCAACUGAUGGUAGGCGAAUGAGUGUAAUGUUCACGCAGCGGCCAUGUGCAUUAUAAGCCGCUGAAACAGGUGCAGCGAGCGUUUUACCGGACUCUGCCGUGUAUGGGUCCGAUUCGGGCAGGAUUUGAACCCGGCGUUUAAUGUCAAGCGAAAGUGAGGAGAGUGAGAGUUGAAGUGUGAGACGGGGCACCGCUGGUUCCUCUGUUUGGUGCCAUCCCACUUGCUGCUGGAGAGGAGCGUCUUGCUGGAAAUGUCAUCUGCUAUUGAGAGGAAGAGCCUGGAGGCUACUGAGGAGCCUGUGGACGAGGUCCUGCAGAUGCCGCCCUCCUUGCUGACGUGCGGUGGGUGCCAGCAGAGCAUUGGCGACCGAUUCUUCCUAAAGGCCAUCGAGCAGUACUGGCACGAGGACUGCCUGAGCUGCGACCUGUGUGGCUGCCGACUGGGGGAGGUGGGCCGCAGGCUCUACUACAAGCUUGGCAGGAAGCUGUGCCGCAGGGACUACCUCAGGCUAUUCGGUCAGGACGGCCUGUGUGCGUCCUGCGAGAAGCGGAUCAGGGCCUUCGAGAUGACGAUGCGGGUGCGUGAUAAGGUAUACCACCUGGAGUGCUUCAAGUGUGCUGCCUGCCAGAAGCACUUCUGCGUGGGCGACCGCUACCUGCUCAUCAACUCGGACAUCGUCUGCGAGCAGGACAUCUUUGAAUGGACUAAGCUGAACAACAUGGCAUAGCCUGCUCCCCGCGUUCCCCUGAAGCUCCUAUUGGCUGGCAUUGGCUCCCAUUGCCCCCCCCCCCCACAGACAGCCUGUGCUAUAAUGUAUUAAGGAUGCAUUUUAUGUAUAUAAAUGCAAAGCACGUUCUUCUUGGUCUAAAAACAUUAUAUGUUGAUGAAUCAAUAAAAAUACUAAACCACACAUAAGA